AUGCCGCCUGUGUCCGUCUACGUUUCUGAGGUUGAGGGGCAAGACGUGCGUCGACAAGAUCCUGACACGUUUCCUUGGGAUGAAACAAAAAACGAUUCGGCAGUCCAGAGAAUUGUUCGUCGUCUGAGGCAUGCUGGUGCUGACUCGGAGAGAGCCAUCAGCGCCACAAAAAAGGACGCCGAUGGGGAUGACAUCGAAGUCAACGCCGUGCGUAAACAGAUGGAGAAGGGCAGGGAAAAGAAAGACAAAAGAAGCAGGCAUAUGUCGCCAGUCCGGCCACAGGAACUGACCGGGGAAGCCCAAACCAUCUGGACGCCGUCGACGAUCAAUGACAUCACGGUCCACUUGGACAUGGACAUCGUGGACGACGUCGAGAGUCUGCUCGAGGAAUUUUCGCGGCUGAAGAGGCUCGGACAUUUCAAAGCCGCCGAAGAGUACUUCCAAGCCAACCUUCGGAGCUUUCGCGAUUUUCCGCCGAUGACCGUGGAAUACGCAGAUAUGCUAUUCGAGCAAGGCGCUUCUGAGCGUAUCCAGGGGCUGACAUUGACAGAAGAUGAACCACGUCCCGUAUCCUAUGCGCAAGAUGAUAAAUACCUCUUCUAUCGGGCCAAUUUCGAGCUUAUCAAAGCGCUUGCUGGCAUUUAUUCGCACGGUGCCAUGGUAGAAGCGCACCAGAAGGUUCUUGAUUGUAAAGACGCCAUUCGUGUGCUGAGAGCGCAGAUGCAAUCAAACGACCACUUGGAUUCAGCGAGGGUGCAAACAAUCCGUGCUCACGCUGACCAAAGUGUCGAGAACAGCAAGGAACUUGACAAGGGCACCAUCCGAAUCGAUAUCGACGCCGAACAGCCAGUCCCACACAUCAUAUGGGCCCUCCGCUUCCACGGCAGCAACGAGAAUGUCUCGCAUCUCCCAGAUUCGUCCCUCCGACAGGAGAAGCCGAUAGAUAUACCACCAGUCUUCAUAGAAGUUCAAAUCGAUUUCGGACACGAGAUCCGAAUCGAGCACCAGGCGGAAUCCUGGCGACGUGCCUCAAAGAGAACAGCCCCGAGCUGGUCAAAUCACGCCCGUACAUCCGAACCGAGCGAUUUAUUCUCCCAAUUGUCGUCCUUGCAACAAUCUGUCCAGGGGAAUAAGCUUGGCUACCAGCAGACCUGCCUCUCUAAAUUUCUGCUCGCAAGGGAAGAUGUAUCGCGUCAAGGUUUGCUUCGUGAAUUAGCAGAGAUAAAGGCGGGAGACUUGGGUGUUUGCGAAAGUCCUGGAUCCCCUCUGAUCGAUUGGUGUGAGAUCAUGGUGAAAAGAGCCAUUCACCAGUCCUUAGGACCGGACUCAGUGGAUGUGAAGAACUCGCGGUUCACGGGGAAGGUCCCGGCUCGAGGUCUUCCAGAGCAGAUAAUACAUGCUCUGGUGGAUCGCAGCCUAGAUACACUUUGUGACAUGGGCGUACUGGACAGGGAAAGCCCGAAGGACGACCAAGAUUCCGGCCGGAAUCCCAGAGAAAGUCGCGUGAGGAGGAAACCGAGCGACGAGGAGAUCAAGAUCAUACGUCCAGAACCAGAUCCCUCACGAUGUCUCGCAUUGCAACGAUCGAUGUCUUUAGUCGCCAAAUCUCACUCGGUGGAGGAGCCUGGCGAGGGCACUGCACCUGAGACCAAGAUCAAGGGAGUUUCCGCCAGCGGUGAGGUCUCAAAACAAACUGGUACCUUUGAUGCUGCCAACGGGAAGGUUGACGACGUAGAAGCCGUAAACAGAGAGAAGCAGCCGACGGUCAGCAUCACCCUUGAUGAUGGUAAUAAUGGCAAGACACAUGAGAAUGAGGAUGACGAAACUCGGAAGAAUAAGAGCCAGAGCAAAGGCAAGGACGACAAUAACAGACUGUCAACCCCUCCUAGUAAGUGCCUCGAGAUGUAUCCACUAGAAAGGAGCCCCGUUGUUGACAACUAG